AUGUCUUUGGGUCCAGAGGACACCAAUUUGUGUUGUCGAAGAAAAGGAGCUUGUGUGGUUUCAUCAUCCUCUGAGCAGGAGGAUUAUCCAUGUGAGAGUAUUCUCUCGGAGGAGGAGGAUGAAAUUUGGAUUAGUGAGGUGGGCCUUCCUCAAGAAUGUAUCAUCCUCCUACCUCCUCAUUCGUUUUCUAUUGGAUGUGUUGGAUGGUACUGCAAAAAGAGAUAUGUAUUCAAUCCGAAAAAGAUUAAAAUGUACAUUUCAAGAGAGAAGGAAGGUCCCUUCAUUCAUUGGUCAAGUCUACGAGCUGAGGAGAAUGUCUCGUUUCACUUGUUUGAAAUUCAGUCCAUACCUUCCGAUUUUUGCUAUUUCAAAUUCUCAGUAACGGACACUUUUGGAGGAAAUCGAGUGUAUCUUAAUAAGUUACUUGUGAUGAAAGAGAUGCCUUUGGUUUUACCGGCCAAUACAGAGGCCAAAACCUCAGCAGAGACUUUGAAAGAAUCCCCUCGACAACACACUUCCCCAACAAAACCCAUCAUUGCAUCACCCUUACCGACUUCCAAAAUUGAUAUAGGGGAUCAUGAAUCUUUGGAAAUUCUUCCUCAUACUCUUUCUCCCAACCCUAUUGUUGAAUUGUCACCCACAAAAAACAAUGAAUUCAGCAGCAAGUUUGACGACCUGAUGUUUGAUACUAACGAAUCCCAUCUGUUGAAUGCAGAUAACUACUUGGUGAAUGGAACAAUGAUGUUAAAUUGUACAAAUGUAUCCUUGAAAGAGUUAUCUGCUUCCCCCCUCAUCUCAAUUCCUACCAUCAAACAAAAACCAAACAACAGAAAACAUCCUUUGGCAGCCUCAUUGCCCUCAUACAAAUCUACAGAGAAAGAACAAACAUCUCGAGACAUUCCUGUGAUGUCACCCAGGAAAACAUCUCCUGUUAAAGACAGCAAGACGACUAAAACAUCACCAACCCUGGAUUUGCCGCUAAAGGAUAUCACUAACGUAAAAGGGGGUGAAGCAAAAAAUGUAACUUUAAAACCUUCUUCUAAAAAAGACCUCAAUGUCGGAAAAGAAAAUUUGGUUCUCGAAGAAAGAAGAAUGAAAGUCAAGGCAAGAGAGCACCAUUUGGCGAAAACAAAAAAGAAUCUCGAAGAACUCUCCGAAAGAAUUGGAGAAAUCAACAAAAGAAAAACUCAACAACCUUUGGUAGCAAAAGAGCAAGUACUGGAGGUUUCAAAGAAGCUGGAAGAUGUCCAGAAAGAAGUAGAGGACCUGAAAAAGCGAAUGCAGUUACUUGAAGAAAAUGUAGACACGAUAGUGAAAAAAGAGAUUGACGACUUCAAGUCCAAGUUCUACGAAAAAGUAGGAAUGAAAUUCAAGAAUUCUUUGACUAAAAUAGAACAACGAAUCGCCAGAGAAACUUACAAAGUGAUGGAUGAAAGAAUACGAAUCUUGACCCAUCAAUCCGAGUGUAAAAUGUUUGAUUAUGUACGGUCACAAAUUAAUCAACUCAAAACCUCAGAGACAGGCAAAACUCGAAUUAGCCCAACUGGUACUACAAGUACCACUUCUUCCUCAUUAACAACAAAUACUCCAUUAACAAUUAAUGAUACUGACACUUCAUUGAAUAUAUCAACAAGUGAGCAGGUUGCACUACUAAAACAGCGCAUGCAACAAUUACAGUAA